UAAAAAGCACCCACGGAUCGAUAAUCGAUGGCGUCUAAAAUAGCUAUAAAUUUGACAUCUUUCUUACUUGUUGGUCUCGCCUUUUUCUUGUUUUACAGACCCCCUUCUUCAUCUUCCUCUUUUUCUUAUUUUAUCACUUCAAAAAUGGCUCAAGAAACACCAAAAUCUGUAUAUGAUUUCACCGUUAAGGAUAUUCGUGGAAAUGAUGUGUCACUGAGCUCUUACAAGGGGAAGGUUCUUUUGAUUGUCAAUGUUGCAUCAAAAUGUGGUUUGACUGAGUCGAACUACAAAGAAUUGAAUGUGUUGUACCAAAAGUACAAAGAUCAAGACUUUGAAAUCUUGGCAUUUCCUUGCAAUCAGUUUCUUGGGCAAGAGCCAGGAACAAAUGAAGAAAUUCAGGAAACGGUAUGCACAAGGUUCAAAGCCGAGUUUCCGAUAUUUGACAAGGUUGAUGUAAACGGAAAUAAUGCAGCACCCCUCUACAAGUUUUUAAAAUCGGAGAAAGGUGGUUUCUUGGUUAAUGGCAUCAAGUGGAACUUCACCAAAUUCUUGGUGAACAAAGAAGGAAAAGUUAUGGAAAGAUAUGGUCCUCGAACCCCACCUCUUGAAUUCGAGAAAGAUAUUCAAAAUCUGUUGAGUUCAUCAUCUUCUUGAGGGAUGAGGUGUGUCGUCUUUAUUGCCGACGAAUAAAGAUCAAGAUCCCAAAAGCAAUUAUUAUGUUAUGACAGUCUUUUGUUGCUGAUUUUAUGUGUAUGCUUUUGAACUUUAUGUA